AUGGCGUCCUGGCUCGCCGCGCUCCUGAGAGCGGCGAACAACAACCGCCGCACGUGCCUGAUCGGGGCCCUCGCGCUCUGGCACCUCGUGCGGUGGCGCCGCGCGAGGGAAUUGGAGGACGAGGAGCGCGUCGCGCGGGCGGAGGCGCGGAUCCGCGACGAGCGCCGGCGGCGCGACGACGCGCAGCGCGAGCGGCGGCGGCGGCGGCGGCGGCGCGCGGGCGCCUACACGCUGCAGGAGGCCGGCGCGACGCAGGGCGCGCUCGGCGACGAGAAGACGAGCGGCUACGGCUGGUUCCUCACGAAGCCGCUCCAGUCCUUCGACGAAGUGUCACGGGAGAAGAAGGCGAAGCGGUCCGUCCGCUUCCAGCUCGACGCGGCGCAGGAGUUUUAUGGGUUUGCCUUCCGGUGCCGCGAUUCGAUAUGUGUCGCGCACGGCACGCAGCCCGAGUUCGUCGGGCUGAGUUUGACAGAGUGCUUAAGAAGGACGCGCAAUGACGCCAUCGACGGGGAGGAGCUCCACGGCCGCUUCUGCGCGGCGGCGUCCGUCGAAGGCGGCUCGUGGGUCGAGUACGCGUGGCGGCGCACGGCUUCAUCUCCCCUAAAAACGAAGGGCGCCUGGAUUUCUAGAGUUACGGCGAAGAACGGCGACGACUUGUACGUGGGUGUGGGUUUUGCCGUCUUGCCGCCCAUUCAAGCACCGACGGACGGGUUGUAUGGGUUUGUGGUGAACGGCGACGGGAAGAUCGUGGCGCACGGCGGCUCGCGGGCCUUGGUGGGCAAGACGCUCGAGGACGCCGUGCGCCUCUCGGACAACAAUGAGGUCGAUGGCGCGGAACUGACGCGGCGCAUCGUGGGCGCGGGGGAACGGGGCGGCGGCUGGCUCGCCUACCCCUGGCGGAACCAGGCCUCGGAUACGUUAAAGGGCAAGGGUUGUUAUGUGGUGAAGCUGCAGCGGGACGCAACCGAAGCGACGGACUCGGGCGGCGAGCUCUCGGGGAGCGAGCUGUCGGGCGGCGAGCUCUCGGACGAGGGUAUAUUGAGGCGGAAGGUCGGGAGGCGGGCCGUCGGCGCGGACACGGUGCUCUACGCCGGCGUGGGCUACUUUGAGCGCGAUGCGCGGCACACGCCGCCCCAGAUCCCGCCGUCGCCCGAGGCGGCGCGCGCGGCCCUCAACGCAUUGGUCGAGGUCGUGGGCGGGGGCGCGGACCCGGCGACCGCCGUGAGCGACGACCGGCUGGGCGCGGCCGCGGCGGCGUCGACGUGCUGGUCGCGGACGGCGCUGCCGCGGGAGCUCGCGGACGUGCUGCGAGAAAGGGCCGUGGCCCACAUCCGCGACGCGACGAUCUCGUUCUGA